AUGGAUCAUUAUACGUGUAUUAAUUCUAAACCGACGGUGUUAUCUGCAGCUGGACAAAUAGAAAAGGUUUUAAAAAUAUCUCAAAAACUAAAUUCGGUGGAUCGGUCAAUAACACAAGAAGAAAUCCAGCUUAUAAAAUGCCUAUGUACAUCGAGCAAUCUACGAAUAAGUCAGCUUGCCAUCGAAGUGCUCCUAUACCUGGCCAAGGAACAAUUUGUAGAGCUUGGACAAGCCGUAGGAUUGCUAGUUACUCUUCUACCAACCACAACAGCCGGUCAAUUUAUCCCUUUAAGUGAAGCAAUUUUACAGCUUCUGUUAUUGGAUCUACGCAAGCGAUGUUCUACUAGAUUACUGGACGGAGGAGAUUGCAGCUAUGUGUGCCAAUUCGGUAUAAAGUCACCACAGCACCCAGUGAUUCUUCUUAUCGAAAAAUUACAGCUCGGAUGUACGGCUAAUACUAUUGAGCUCAUUAGCGAUGUGUUUAAUCAUCCGGACGAACUUAUACGUGAAAAUAGCAUCGAAUUUUUACGACCCGUAUUGUUACACCUUUUCACAAGCGUGUCCGUUUUACCAGAAAGCCAAACGUUGUGGAGGUUCCUUGUUAGAAGAUCACUACAUGAUCGCAAAGCUCAAACGGUUUUCUUUGAGAUUAUGGCCUGGCAAAGAAGCACAACAGCAUCUCAAACAUCGUAUAUUGUCUCUUUGCUCUUGGACGCUCUUGAGAUUGCUCAUCGCGAAGCUUCAAAUGACAUGGAGUAUAGGCUGCGAAUUGCCUGUUAUCUUACCGCCAUGAUCAAGGAUUAUUCCGAAUACAAUUAUAAUCCAGCUAAAUGCUUCGUUAUCCUGCAAACUGUCUGCGACGAUGCCAUGAAAUGCGAUUCCCAUCCAAAUCUGGAUAUAAUACUAAUGCUCACCGUAGAUAUGCUCCAGGUAUUGACACCAUCGAAGGCUUGUGGUGUGUUACAGAUUAUUAACACUAUUUUAAAGGCUUGUGGACCAAACAGUCGCAUGCUCACAAAAGAAGCAAUGAUUCAAUUGCUAGGCCAGCCGACAUAUUUAACGAAGCACCUUUCUCUUUGUGACAACAUUCUACAAACGAUCGAACGUGAUCAAGCCUCACUAGAGUGCAAGGAUAAUACAGAAUUGUCUUCCAAUAAAACUCUUUACUGGCAUACUGAACUGGCAAAAUGGACCGUUAUUUGCAAUUGGUGGUCAUCUUCUGCUACAGCGUUGCGGGAUUAUUUUCGACGGGCUGAAUCAUGUAUUGAAUUUACCAUUUCCCUUAGUCCCUUGCAUCGGUCUAUUUUUCUCGCAUCGCAUUACGAGGAUGAAGUUUGGCAAGCGAAUUUUCAACGAAUGGUGAGCAUAAUGCAGCACAGUAAUUUACAGGUCGCUCAGUGCAUGAUUCCGCUCUUGUACGGGUUGGCGCAAGAUACAAAUGCACAUCGACGGUUGAAAGUACUGCAAAUGAUUGCAACAAUGGGUGAAAAAGAAAACUUCAUUGGUAUACUAAAAGCAUUGACCAAGGAUCUUGACCGGGCGCUCUGCUUGGAUUUAUAUCUGAGGUUAUGGAAGGCCGAAUCGCGAACUUACCCUUUGUUAUACGAUCUGCUUAAAGAUACGAGUCAGCGAUCGAACGAAGAUCGUUGGGAGUAUAUGAUCGCUCGCACUUUCACAAUUCGAGAGGUGUGUCGUAUAAAACCCCAACAGCAUGGUGAAGAUUUGGUUAACUUAUUCUCGGAGGUCCUGAGCAAUCCAAACAACAGUGAAAAUGAAGUAGCCAUCUGUCUGGCUCUUGACGCUAUCUCAAGCCUAUGUGUAAAUCAUGUCGUCAACAUUGUUUCAACUUGGAAGGUGUUGGGAUUCCGCUUCGCGAACGAACGCCGGCCGAGAAUCAUCAAGAGCUUGUGUCGGUUUUUUGAAAGCGUACCGUUGAUAAAAGUUACCUCAUCAGAACAGGAGCAGCUGGUAAACCAUAUCGUGGGUACACUCUGGCAUUACGUUACUGAUUAUGAGGAUCGAGAAGUUAUAGAGGCAGCCUUGGGUACACUGCAACAUUUCAUGCCGGAUUCGUUAACACUGCGACAAAUACCAGAACUUUUUCGACAAGGUAUUGAUAUCCCAGAGCCCAACGAAGAUGGCAUAUCCUCGGCCGAUAGUGAGGGAUCCGUGCCCCCUGAGUGCUGGAUUCAGCUUAUACAAUACAGCAAUCACUGUGCGAUCGAUGCUGUUGGUGACAUGCUAACUCGUUAUAUUAAUAUCGAGGUAGAUCGGUUCCGUAGCGGUAUUUACCAAACACCUGAAGGCCGUCCAGAACCAUCGAACUUAAAGUAUCUACCGCGUACAAGCAUACUAUCUACGAUUAUCAAUUAUCUGAUAUCGCAAAGCACAAAAUUUACAAAAAAUAACAAUACCGAUGAGCUAGUGCUUGUUCAAAUGUUACGCAUAGUUGCAAAGCCAUAUUCCAGACCGAUUCCACCACUCAAUUGGUGCUUUUUACAUGAGUAUUUUCACCAUUGCGUAGAAAUGCGAGACUACUGUCUGCAAAUUGCCAUUAAACAAAUGCCGUACUCCGGAACGGCCAAGCGAUUGGUGGAAAAUUAUCUACACGAGUUGACCGAAACGUCUAUGCAGGAGGAGGAUUUGUUGAAAAUCUUUUCCGCUAUCGGAGAUAUUACAGAAGCGGUGCAGUUAGAUAUUUAUAAGCCUUUUUUGCAUCUAUCACUGCAAUAUCUUGCUGAGAGGGCGGAAGAUAAAGGGUUUGUAAAAAAUUCUCCAUUCAUACAGGCAAUGGCACAUAUAAGAAACGCUCUGCUUAAGAAGCAGAAAUACGAAAACGAGGACAAUUUCUAUCAUCUUUGUAUGACAUUGGAAAACUUUUUCAUGCGGUUCAACUUAGAAUCAAAGAUAUUCUCAUCUUACAUUAAAACGCUAGUACAUCUUCCCGAACAACAUUUUAACAGUUUACUUAAUCCCAGUACUUGGCCGGGAGAAAUGAACAUUUCCAAGCUACAAAAAUCGAUAUUUCUUCAGUUUAGUUUCAAGAAACAUCAUCCAAGUGCAAAGUCAUUGCAUUUACUAGGAUUAACAGAUAUUGUGACAACGGUUGCUAAACACCAGGACCCUUCGUUAGGCGUUUACUUUUUACGAAGUUUUUUUUACUUCGUGCAACUCUUCACUAAAGUCGAAGACGACGCUACAAAGGAUAAACCAUUGAUUUCUUGGAUCAGUGAACUGAUCGGUCUUAUUCAGGAAACUCGAACGGAAGCAGGAGAACGAAUCGAACAGGAUGCUCUUUUUAUGCUCGAUACUUUGGCGACAGCAGUGAUUAGUUUCUCCGGCUAUGGUGGACUGUACGGAGCGCAAACAUUAGCCGAGAAUAAGUUCUUACGUUUGGAACUAUUUCCACUAGCUUUGGUUACCUUAUUCCAGCGAAAUCUUUGGAGAGAAGUUGAAAUAAAGCUCUACGAGUUUUUUUUCUGUCUUUAUCAUAAUGCAUCAUUGCCGGAUAAUUAUGCCGACUGUCUGCGAAAUGCUCUUAUAUGUUGCAAGAAACAGCCUUAUCUUCUACAACCGAAAUCGUGGGCUAAAUUUGUUAGCAUGAGAAGAUUGUAA